AAAAAGUUGGAAAGACAACACAAAUGACGCCGUUGAUCGACGUAAACGACUCCGCAGCAGAUUAGCCUCCCUCCUUGUCUUUCUCCUUCAGGCAGAAUCUUGCGAUGUUCUGUAACCUUCAGAAUAUCUCACUGAUCCACUGCUCACUUUCAUGUCUCCGCAUCUCCAAAGUCUCUCAUAAGUUUCCAAAGAGAUUAUCAACCGCAUUUUCGUUUCCGUCUUCUCAUUUUUCUUCGACGAGGUUAUGCAAUCCCCGUGCAAUAUCAGCUGCAGCUAUUACUACAAGCAGCAGCAGCUUCACUUGGGACGAUGUCAUUGCAGUCUCUCGACCCGAAUAUGCGCCACAUGAUUAUUCUAAUCUCAAAGGCUUCUUUGACAAGAUCAAAUUCUGCAAUCGCGGAGCAGAACUACAACCGGAGUUCAUUCGGUUCGUCGUUGACGGCCAAACUGUUGGUUAUAUCCAUAAAAGUUUUGCUGACCACUUAAGGGGGUUUCGUAAUGUGUUUACCUUUCCUCAAGAUAAUUCUUACGGAAACCAGUUUGGUUGUUAUGUAACUUUGCAUACAAUGUUGAAGACACCCGAGGAAAAGACCAGAGCAGUGGGAGAGGUGAUCAAAUGCUUAAGUGAGAAAGAACUGAUUCCAGGUAUACGGAAUGAGCUGUACCCUGUGAGCUCAUCAUUUGGUGCAUCGGUCUUCUUUUCAUUAGAACGCGCAGCUGCUCCUUAUUUUGGAAUUAAGGCUUAUGGAGUUCACAUGAAUGGUUAUGUUGAAAAAGAUGGCCAGAAAUUUUUAUGGAUAGGAAAGAGAAGUCAAGUGAAGCCUACAUAUCCAGGAAUGCUCGAUCAUCUUGUUGCAGGAGGACUGCCUCAUGGAAUGGCUUGUGGGGAGAAUCUUAUAAAGGAAUGCGAAGAGGAAGCAGGGAUUCCGAGAUCCAUAGCUGUUGAAGCCAUAUCAGUUGGUGCUGUUUCCUAUCUGGACAUUAAUGGGCCAAGAUACAAGCGAGAUGUUUUAUUUUGUUAUGAUUUAAAACUCCCUGCAAGUUUUGUUCCUAAAAAUCAAGACGGAGAAGUGGAGAGCUUCAGGUUGGUACCUGUUAUGCAUGUUGCAAAUGUAAUAAAGAGGACAGAGUUUUUCAAACCAAAUUGCUCCCUUGUCAUUAUUGAUUUCUUGUUUCGCCAUGGGUUCAUCGAUCCUGAAUGUUUUGGUUACUUGGAUCUAUUACAAAAAUUGAAGAAUGGAGAUUGCUCUUAGGCACCGGAUUUUCAGAAUUUGGGAAGCUCUCCUUCUGGGGUUAGAAAUUCACUAGUUAUGGGCACAUGUAAUGGAACAAAUUACCUUCACUUGGUUGAGGCCAAGUUUCUUGUGCAGGAUUUAGUGGCUGCACUCUAUCAGCUUUUGAUUCUGUCAUUACUUGUAACGGCAACCUCAAAAGUGUGAGAAAACUUUUUGCUUACUUUCCUUUCCAAGUGGCCUAGCCACUUUCUCAUUUAUAUUUUAUUAGGUUGAGUUUGAUUUGAGUUC